AUGCUGAACCACGGUUACACAGUCCACAGCCUUUUUAACUGGGCACCCGUCAGUGUCAUCCUUGAAUCUGGAUAUCGAAAAAAGAACGAGCUGCCGAUUGUCAUCUCGCCAUCUGGGGCAUCUGGGGGCAUACGCGCAUCGACUGAUGCAUCGCCCCAUGCCCCGUACCCAAAGUCUGCUUCUGGACAGACUUGCUCGAAACUGAAGGACCUGACAGCGGAAUCCGUCUGUGAAGCCACCAUCCGUGCUCUUCUUGAGCCGUUUUUGGCUGCUCGUCGCGCCAACACUCCUCCCCUCUUUCAACCCCAGACGUCCCCUCAUUUCAUCAAAACAGCCAUUAUCAAAAUAGCUGCCGCAGUAUGGAUGGACCGCCUGGGUAUCAAAGCACAACCUCGUCUCAUAUGCCCGCCGUUGACCACGCCAGCGGGAAGAGGCGCGAUAACAAAAUAG